AUGAAGUUGUUUUCUCUCUCCUUGCUAGCAAUAUCUGCAUUCUGCUAUCCUUCUACAUCGGCUGCAUACAAACAAACUUCCACAAAGGAUGUGGUGAACUCCUGGGAAUCCGUUCAAGCAAGACAUCUCUCUCCAGCAUACCCUCAAGGUGGUCUUAGGAAACGCCGUCCAGGUUCUAUACUGCAAAAGGAGGCAAGCCUUGAUUUCGUUGACCAUACCGCUCACCUUACCGCACGCUCAAAUGAUCCCGUCUUCGUAACGAACUUGAACGUGGGGAGCCAACACCCGAUUCUUUUGCUGGAAGAUCUAGAGGAUGGGCUUCACGAUAUCAGCUGCUCCGAGUCGGGUAUCAAACUCUCCUUUGAUUCCGCCGAAUAUAUGGAAGCAGUUAGUGAAGAGUUGAUGGGUAUUGGGGAGUUUGUUGCUAUCUCUUCGCACUUAGAUUGCAACGAGGAUGAGCAGCGAGCACCGCAUAUGAUCACCAAAGUUACCGUGGACAAAGCGAACAACACCAUUACGCUUUCGCGGACAGAUACUCGGUGGGAGGAUGCACUCUCAACCAUCGAUGUCUCCUUCUCUCGUAAGAGACAGAGUAAUGUCGUCAGGCGCAGUCAAAAACCCAACAACUCCAUCAAGCGCAGAUAUGAAUCCUCUACUGCCUCCUCAACUCCCACGAUGCAAUUCCCAUCUGUGCCUUCGUAUGCACCCAACUAUCCUACCACAAACAAGAUUAAUGUUAGCUACAAGAACAAGACAUUAGUCCCGCCAGGGAUACCUGGUGCAAGCCUGAUCGGGUUGCCUGAAGGAAUCACCCUAUCUUGCAAGGACUGUACUCUUAGCGGAGGCCUAGAACUUUCGGAUGGCUCGUUCAGGCUCAACCGUUCAAAGACAGAUAUUGGCAGCACCCUCCAAUUCAUUGCCGAGGGUGAGGUUGCACUGGAUGUUAGUGGAAUAUUCGCUCGCAUGGAGCUCGAAUUGGCUCUCGACGCGGGCAAGGAAUUGCUCAACUUUUCGGCACCGUUUCCAUCUAUCCCCCUUACUCCCUUUGCGGUUCCUGGUAUCGUUCAAUUCGGAGCUAUUUUCACCCCACAAGUCUCGGUAUCGGUUACCUUGAGCCAACCCAUGAACUUUAGUUAUGGGCUCGAAGUACUGGUUCCAAAGGACUCAAGUUUUAAUAUCAACCUUAACGAAAUUAAAAAUUCGACAGCCGAAGGAUUCGAAUACACUAAAUUCACCGAGAUACCCUUCCAGUCCUCUCACGGUAUCACCGAUCUUACCUUUGCCGUCAGCUUUUCACCACAAAUCCUUUUGGGUAUUGGCUCCCCCACAGGCCAACUCAAGGGCGGCGCCGGCGUAACCUUCAACAUGCCGCAUGCAUCAGUGAAGCUCAGCCAACUAGACGGAGUUGACGAGAACUGUGAAACGGUCGCUCAAGUUCCCGGCAACCAAGAAGGCAAGAAGAAGGAAGGCGGCAGUCUCCUUGACAGCCUUGUUGGCAACUUCACCAACGUUGUGCCGAAACUUGAUUUCAGCGUUGUCCCUUUUAUUGAACUAGGGAUUCGGUUACCUAAUCUCGACGUGGUUCGGUAUCAAGAAACGACCGUUGCGGCUACGCAAUACAGCCUACCGACGGCGUGUUUGGCGUUUGAUAAGAGGAUGAGCACGUACGGUGCCCCAAGCCAGGUUUUGGCUACCACGACGGCCGGGUCGACGGGGACGGCUCUUCCCGACAAGAAGAAGGCAGCUGCUGUGCAAGUCAGUAUGACCAGUGGAUGGAUAUCAUUAUACGCAUGCCUGGCAGUGGCAGCGAUAUUUACUGCCCUGUAG